AUGAAAUCAACAGUGAUAUCUGCUCUGAAUCUUCUGACGACCAUUCUUUUAACAAACGAGCCAUUUCCAGUGGAUACUAACAGCCAAUUAUCCAAUUCUAUAUUUUUAAAAUACAUAUUUCAAUUAAUUGAAAAUAAUCAUGAUGAUGAUGAAUUAGUUUUACCAUCAAUAAAAUUUUUAUUAUCAUUUAAUUUACGUUUUGAUUAUCCAAAUAAAAAUCCUAUAAUGUUGACAUUAUUAGCAAUAAAUGAACAAAUAUCAUGUCGACAUUUAAUGGAACGAUUAAUUUUAUUAUUUAAUCGAAAUCUUGAUCCAAUUGAACAUAAAACAAUACAUACAGUGAUAAAAUUUUUUGCUGAUUUAUUUGAUGAUCAAAAUAUGACAAGUGAUAUACUUUUAUUUGAUUCUGAUCGACGUUUAAUUAUUGAAAUAAUAAGUAGAGAAUUAAUCAAUCGUUCAUGUACUGAUAAGGAUACAACAGCAUAUCUUUCAUUAUUAGAAUUAAUUCUUCGUAAACAUCCAAUUACACGUGAAACAUGUACACGUUUUGAUGAACUACAAACAUGUUUUCAAUUGUAUCUUUGUGCAGAGACUUGUUUGAAUGAAAAUCGUUUUAUUAUAAAUGAAAUCAUUCGACAACAUAAUUGGUGA